AGGACCCCAUUGAAAUUCCCUAUCAUGUUGUAUAUAUCUAUCAUCAUGGGCUUUGCUAGCGCUAGUUGCUUGUUUGUAUCUGUGAAUGAUGCUUCAUCUAUUUCCUCGUCGUGUUGGCAUGCACUACUACGUGUACGUAUGUACAUUUCGCAUUUGUCUUAACCAACAUUGCAGUUUUCCAUCGAGCACAACUACGCAGUUUUAUCUGGUUCCAGUGAGCUGAUGCAACCUUGAUGAAUAUGUCGUGAGGAAGCGCAAGGUGUUUGGGCAAACCUCCCGUGGGCUGGUGCAGCUGGUGUGAAAAGAUGGAUUUUUAGAGCGAUCGCGGAACUGCGGCGAUGUUCGCAUCUCCAGUUUCUUUCCUUUGUUUUGCUGGUACUACAAGUGCCGAGAAAAUCCGCACCCGCGACCUCAACAAGCUUCACUCGGACCGGUACUAAUCGGCGUCUUUACAGAGCUUCUGACGUGGACCUGGACGUCCGAAAAUCAUGGCCAUUACCGGCGACGAUAUUGCGAUGCUGGUGGGCAUCGUCGUUGGCUGCUUGAUUUUUCUCAGCUGCCUGUACCAAUUUCUCUGUCUGGAACCCCCGUCUGAGCAUGUAAAACCGCCUAAAAAGUGGUCACCCCCGGAAAGCAAGCACAUCCGGGCCCGGCCGAUUGAUUACGAUAAGGAUCAACAGGUGAAGCAGAAACUGCAGAAUGAGAGACAGGUGCGGAUCACCGGCACGGUUGGUGUCGCGGGCAACACGAUCCACGACAUUUUCAACCGGCAACAGAAGCAAAACCUGAAAGACGGCGAGGUUCGAUUACUGCUUAAAGCGGACCCAGACACCGUCCACGCGCCGUCGAUCGUUCAGGCGAUGCGGUACGAGCCAGCGGAUUUCCGGAGGGAAAGGGAUUUGCGGAUCACGGCUUUUGUGAACAAGACUAACGGGGUGAUUGACAAAAAGACGUUUAUUUAUGAAAAUGAGUUUAAAAAAGCGUGGUCGGAGUAUGAGAAUGGGAUCAAAGAGAAAAGAGUUGAAAUUUUCGAAGCGGAAAAAGCCGUGAACGAGAAGAAACGGAGAUACCAUGAGCGGAAAAUGGACAAGUUGCAGGAAAAGGAGGACAUGAAGGAGGGAAAGCGGCAAAAAAAGCGGGAAAAAAAGUUUGCCGCGAUAACGGUGUUGCGGAUGGAAGCAGAGGAGGAAGAAAUGCGGGAGGAGAUGAUGAAAAAGCCGGCCGCGGCAUCCGCCAAAAUUGCGCAGAUGAUGCAUCGGAGAGACAGCGGGCUGGGGGGGAAUUCCUCCUCCGCCGACUCGAGUGAGGGCCGCGGUUCGAAGAAGACGCGAGCAGCUUCUCCGUUCGGCCGAAGGCAGGACAGUAGCAGUUCUAGCUCUUCUUCUAGCGAAGAUGAUUUCAGUGAUGGUAGCAGCAAUGGCGCCGGCCAAGGGGAUGGAGCCAACUCAUCUAAUUCCUCGAGCAGCAACAUUAUCGGAAUACAGAGGAUAGGAGCGUCGAAAAAGAAAAGGAGAAAAACCCAGGCAAAAAAUAAACAGGAGGAAGAGAGGCCGAAGAAGAAAUCCGAACUCUUUCCCCGGUCCAUCGCUGAGAUGAGUGAGGUGUCGGAUGUGGCAACGGAGAUUUUGAGCGGUUGGGACCCGUACGUUGUCACCGACAGCGACAAGGAAAAUCAAGAGGAAUACGACCCCGCGGACCCUUUAAAGGGCAUGUCGGCGUAUGAAUUGCAACAGGCGAAACUCCGGCCGUUCAAGCUAUUUAAAGAUAAAACCGCCGAGGGCGAGGAAGCUGAGGACCAGGAGAGCUCAGUCGGGGAAGUGGAUUUCGAGAAUUUCGACCAAACGGAUAAAAACGACGAGCUGAAAAACCACGCUUUCACCAAACGCGUCAUUCAGUUCCACGCGCGGAAUCUACGAAGGGUCGGGAAGGGCGGGGUAGAUCGGGUGGAAUGGCUGUUGUUGGAGAGGAGAAAGCCAUUUCCGAGAAAGCUUCUGAUUAAACCCACGCUCGAAGCGGUGUACAGCAGCGGGCUGUGGAAGAGCGCGACGAAGAAGUCGAAAAAGAUGAAAAACUUUCCGCUGUGGUGUAAGCAGAUGAAGGAGCUCCUCCACUGCGACGACCAAACGCUCGCAUCCUUAGUUGUCGAAGCGUCGGCGGAGCACGCGGUCAACGCCGAGGGGUUCGUGAUGUUCGGGCCCGGAUCGUUGCCCUCCACGAUUCCGGAAAUCACAGAGGCGCUGUGGUUCGACUAUAGGAGGAACAGGAUCAAGAAACGGUUGGAGGACGAGAAAAUUUUGUUCCAGUUCAAACUCAGGAACAAGUUUCGGAAAGUGAUCAACCUGUACCGGAAAUUAAGGGGAAAAAAACCGUUACCGGCACUCCUCGAAUCCGAGCGCCAGAAGGAGCAAGGUCAGGGAACUGCGGCGAGUGCGAGCGAGCAGGCUUUGGAACAGGAACGCAUCCUCGCGGAAACCAUGGACGCGUUGCAGGAAAAGCCGCCCACGCUGGUGGAGAGGAUAAAGACAAGUGGGAAGCAGCUCGCCAUUGCCGGUGCGAGGGAAACGAAGAAGAAUCUCGACCGGGCCGUGUUUGUCGCGUCGAAAAUGUCGCUGAGCGCCAUGAAGGAGGAUUUCGUGGAAUUCUUGACUGACAGACUGGAACCGAAGACCAACAGUGUUACUCAGGAAACCUACGAGCGCAAAGCGCGUGCUUCGUCUGCGCGGAAAGAAAAGAGGAAGCAGGCGGCGCUGGAAUUACAACUGGAAAUAGCCGCUCUGCACAAGGAGGCCGAGGACUACAAAAAGCUGAAUAAAAGUUCGCUGGUCCAGGACUGGCUGGAGCGGUUCCAGAUGAAACGAACUUUCAAAUUUUUGGGAAGGGGGAAAACCGGCACCGCACUCGAGGAGGCGAUGGAGGAGAAGGAAGUGGUGGAGGAAGUAGAGGUGGACCAGGAUCCAACUCCUUCUCAGGACCAGACAGAUCCAACAACUGUACUAGUUGAAGGCGCGGCAGAUGCAGAUCAUCAUGUUCAUGAUGAACAAGUUCCCCGGCAAGGAGAAGAGGAUGACGAGCACAAAGACAAAGUCCGUCAAGAUCAAGACCCCGCGCAGCUGCCCGUCCCGGCGGCGGCGCUGUCUCCGUCCGACUUGCAACAAUCAGGGCCGAGUUGUGCCUCGGUCGAUGAGGGGGCUGCGCCGGUAGUUGUAGACGAAGGAAAACAUCAGCCUACCACCACCGCACAACUAGACACCGCCGAAAAUCAAGAACAAGACCCCCGCAACAUCAUGAUCCUCGAGCAGUCCCUCACCCGCCCUUUCGUGCCCCUUCCGCUCGCGCAACUACGGAACAAAGGAGUUGUUGCGCCGGAGGAAUACUUAUGGACUGCAAAAAUGUCUGGGUCUGGAAGAAUGCAACUUGUGAUGCGCAUUUCAGAACACAGAAAAAUCUCUCAUGCAUAGGUAGCAAAAGCUGCGCACUUUCUGUCACCAAAGUGAGGGAUUUGUCAUGCGGAUUCGGCAUUGCGGAAGUUCUCGAAACCUGUGACGCUAGAGCUUCCAUGCCAGACCUUGUGUGUCAUGCAAAAACAGCAUGAAUCUUCCAGACCCAGACACUUUUACACUUGAUAAUACUUCGGCCGAGACAAGGCGACCUACUACCCACCCAUGGCUACGAAAGUGGCGCGACGGUAUGUGCCCCUCGCGCACCCAGAAAUGGUUGUGUUCCCUGCGGAAGAAGAGGAUCAUGGUGCGACAGCAGGUCCUGAUGGAGCUGUCGUGGAAGAGCUGGGAGGGGGAGAUGGCGUAGCGGAACAGAAAGCGCUGGACGAGAAGUAUCAAGAUGCAAUAAAGUCCGACGACGACGACAUUUCGAGCGAUGACAGCGGUGAAGGGGAAGAUGAUGAGCGAAAGGUUAGGAAAAAACGGAAAAGCAGUGGUGGAACGACCGCGCGUGCAGUACCCGCAGAUAGCAGCGCUACUAGUGACGCUGACGAAAACAUGACGCGAAGUGGUGAGCAACGUCGCAGUGCUGGCACAGAUCAACAAGAAUGUGCUGUCGACAGUCGAACUGCAGAUCAUGACCACCACCCAACAUCACCAGCAGGACAACUACCGGGGGACGGCGCAACGGCAAUACAGGUUUAUGACGAAGAUCAACAUGACGUGCAUGAUCAACGCAAUAAAGGGCCCCUCCUGCCGGAAUGCGUUCUCCACUACGAGCCAACGGACGCCGAUAUGGACAAGGAGGUAGCUCUGAAAGUCCAGGAGGAGAAGGAGAUUUACGACAGUAUGGAAUACGACCGGCGGCUGGAGCGCGCGGAGCAGGACCCGUACAUGCGCGAAUUCAUUCCGGACUUCCCCUGGCCGGUGAACCUGAAACGCAAGGUGAAGACGCGAAAGAGGCACAGGUUCGACAAGCAGAUGACGUUCGAAAUUCCGCUGCAGCUCACCAAGGAAGAGGUCGACCGCUUAGCCAAGGGCUACACGAAGCAGAAGCCGAAGCAGCGGCCGAAGAAGUUCGUAGAGUUCGUGGACAAGGAAAUCGACCUGGAGUGGGGGCUAGACCCGCUGUCGGUCGCCCGGCAGAAGGUCGACGACUUCCGGACGGGCAGGGAGCAGUUCGGCAUGACGGGUGCUGCGGAGGAAAGCUUUUCGAGUUCGCUCAAGGUGGUCAGUCGCGGCGGGGGCGAGGGUGGAGCAGCGACGGGCGGUGCUGGUGUUGUGGCAAUAUUAAAAGACGCAGCAUCGUCGAGGGCGGGCACGACGAGCAGACCGUCAUCUUCGGUCCCCAACGGUAGAAACCCGCCGCGGCGACGGAGUGCAGCCACGCCGCCGCAAUCCAUAAUAACGUCCCGUCCGGGGUCAUCUCCCCCGGUGAACCAGCGACUGGGGUUAGAACAGCCACUUCCGUACGGGGACGACCACAACGGGUCGUAUAUGAAGAAUACCUCGGACAUCGACCCGGAAGAGCCCUACGGGAAGCCUUUGGACCAGACGAACUUGUACCGCACCCAGGAGUCCCCGAAGCCGAGUCACAUGGUGUGGCGGCGCUGCGUGUCCAGCACAACAGCCUCCUCCACGCCGGGGGAGUUCUCGCAGUCGGCCGUCUACUGGGUCAACUUGACCACCGGCGAAACGCAGUGGGACUCGAUCAAAUUUCCGCGGAACAAACUGUUCUGGACGGAAAUCUAGUAGACGUAGAGGCGCAGCCCCUGGACGAGCGAUACCUAUCAUGAAUUUGCUUGAUAAUGGUGGAGAUCAUCAAUAGCAGUUUGCUGGUGUUGAUUCCUCAUGUCGCGCAUCAUUGCGUAUGCCUAUCCUGUGAGCAAAACGAGAAUCGCAAUCCCAACCACAUCGAAAUCAGAAUCACACAGACACACCAUACGAAGUAAUAAUAAAGACGGCACGAUGAAGGACGACACGCUCGUGCUAGAAGCAAGA